AUUAAUAUAUCUCAAACACAAACUCAUUCAAGGCACGAAAAUCUGAUCCCUCCCCACCAAAAAAAAUGGCCUCAGUUUGUGCUUCCUCGGCUAUUGCAGUUGUUGCCAUUUCAUCCGCCAGUUCCCAGAAGAAUGGAUCAGUUGUGGGAACAACAAAGGCAUCAUUCCUCACAGGGAAGAAGCUUAGAUCAGUGAGAAAGUACACAAAACGCGCCGCUGCAUCAACGGUUCCGGUGUGCGCUGCCGCUGAACCCGACAGACCCCUUUGGUUUCCCGGCAGCGUUCCUCCUCCAUGGCUCGAUGGCAGUCUUCCUGGUGACUUUGGUUUCGAUCCUCUGGGACUCGGAUCUGAUCCCGAGACAUUGAGAUGGAACGUGCAAGCGGAGCUCGUGCAUUGCAGGUGGGCAAUGUUGGGAGCUGCGGGCAUUUUCAUCCCGGAGUUCUUAACAAAGAUCGGGAUCCUAAACACUCCUUCAUGGUACUCGGCCGGGACCGAGGAAUACUUCACCGACACCACAACUCUCUUCAUCGUCGAGCUUAUUUUCAUUGGCUGGGCCGAAGGGAGAAGAUGGGCUGACAUUCUCAAACCGGGGUGCGUAAACACCGACCCCAUCUUCCCUAACAACAAGCUCACCGGGACAGAUGUCGGUUACCCCGGUGGCUUGUGGUUCGACCCUCUCGGAUGGGGAAGUGGUUCGCCCGAGAAGAUCAAGGAGUUGAGGACCAAAGAGAUCAAGAAUGGUAGAUUGGCCAUGUUGGCCGUGAUGGGUGCGUGGUUCCAACAUAUCUACACCGGCACCGGUCCCAUCGACAACUUAUUUGCUCACCUUGCGGAUCCUGGUCAUGCCACCAUUUUUGCUGCUUUCACCCCCAAGUGAAACGCUACGAGGAAGAACCCUAAUAGCCAUUAAAAUGUUGGAUGGUCAUACACCUGUUUUCUAGUUUGUAAGGAGAUGGAAAGAUGUGUAUGGUAGAUAAUUGUAAUGCCUAUGUUCAUUGAUGUACAAAUACCUUUAUUAAACUAGAUGU